AACCGGAAAAUGGUACCCAAGCGGAAAUGACGGAUUUUUAGCAAUGCGCGUCUUUUGCUCAUUUGGAUCGCAAAGUUAGCCAACGCUUUUGUAAUAAGAGCAACGAGACAGGCCUGAAACACAGUUUAUGUACAUUUCAAGAGUGUCUGCGUUUGCUGUAAUUCAACAUUUGAAGAUAAAACAUGGCGGAUGGUGGGGUUGUUAUGGACGGUAAUCUGGAAGAUGGGGAGGUCUCCGGCUCUGGGUCGGACUCAGAGAUGAGAACAACCACGCUACCGCCAUCUCGAACGUCGUUGCCUUCGGCUUUUAGCGGCCAUUCCUUCCAGAACAGAGCUGCCAAUUUGCCGCCUGCAAUUGCGUACAGAACGUCGAGUCGGGAGUCCAGUGACAGCGACGCGGACUCGUCAGAUGACGAUAUCGGUGGUUGGCGUGGGAAACGUCAAAAAGUGUGCAACAGAAGCGUCCCCCGGCCAGGACCAAACAACGUACCCGGCGCAUGCGCAGUAUCAAGCCGCAAGGUGAACAACAUCUGGGGCUCAGUGGUGCAGGAGCAGUGCCAGGAUGCCAUCGCUGCAGAACUGGGGGUCUUUGGCAUGGAUGGCGAAAUUAACAUGUCUGACAGGAGCGUGGAGACCUACAACUACGUCCUGGCUCAGAAGAUCAUGGAAAAGGAACGGCAGCAGGAGCAAAAAGAUAAAUGUGAAGGGCUGGAUGCCCAGUUGGACCAGUACAUGAGCGGGCAGGAGCGAGAUGCAAAGAGGAAGAGGCCGGUGAAGGACAGACUGGGUCCGAGAGCUGAGAUGGACAUCAAAGGCCGAUAUGAGAUCACUAAAGACGACCCUGAGGGUAAAAUCGUGGAGGAGAUUGUGUACAGAUUACGCGAGCCUAAAACAGACCUCAUUGAGCGUGUUGUUAGAAUCAUCGGGCCCAAAAUAGCCAUAGAGCUGCUGGGCGAGACUGCAACACUGGAAGAGGGCGGCGGCGUCUACACCAUGGACGGCAGCAGGCGACGCACGCCCGGCGGCGUGUACCUCAACCUGUUGAAGAACACGCCGAGCAUCACCCGCGCGCAGAUCAGGGACAUCUUCUUCGAGGAGAGCCAGAAAGAGCAAAAGAGCAAGAAGUCGGCGCAGAAGCGGAGGCGGCACUUGGUGGCCAAGAAAAUGAAGCAGGCCAUCGGCAAGCUGGACCUGCAGGAGGACGACGAUGUCUCCAGGGAGACGUUCGCCAGCGACACUAACGAGGCCUUGGAGGCGCUGGAAGAAGCCGGAAGGGAGGAAGAAGAGAAGUGUCAGGAGGAGCAGCCUGUGGGCGCUGAGGAGACGCCUGUGGUGUACAACUCUGCAGACUUGGAGGUCUUCUGAGAAGUUGUCUGUUUGGACAUAAAUACAGAAAUCAUGUGUUUGUUUAAUUUUCCCUAAACGCAAAUAUAUUUGUUUUUCGUUACCAGCGUUGGUUUUAGCAAAGAGAAACUGUUAUCAUUUUGUCUGGUUAAUGUGUGAAAUAUUACAACGAAAGGAACUUAGAGCUUACAUUGUUGGCAGUAAAUUUGCUUAUUUUGAUCAAAGAAAAAUAAACAUUAGAUAGUAAUAUCUAACUUGUAUGGAUUUCUUUGAUGAGGUGUUUUAACUCAUUCUUUCGUAAAAAAAAUAAAGCCACAAAUAUUCAAAUCUGUGAAAAUGG